UGCUUUAAGAAAAGCCCACCAACGGAUGAAAAAGACUUUUGCUGUCGCAAGUAGUAGUGUGAACAGUUCUGUAUCUGCAGGAGUACUCUGCUGUGACAACAGGAACCCUGCUUCCAGGGGACAUCUGCAUAAGGAACAACCGCAACCAACCACAAUGCAAGCACAUGAAUUGUUCAGACAUCUGCGAAUGCCAGAACUUGAUGAUGUCAGACAAUAUAUGCGCACUCUUCCAACAAAUACAUUGAUGGGAUUUGGAGCAUUUGCAGCUCUUACAACAUACUGGUAUGCCACAAGACCCAAAGCUCUGAAACCACCAUGCGACCUAGCCAUGCAAUCUGUGGAAGUAGAGGGUGGCGAGCAUGCUCGAAGAUCAUCCCUGCUUCACAGUGAUGAGCUGUUGACAUAUUACUAUGACAAUGUGAGAACAGUCUAUGAAAUCUUCCAAAGAGGCUUGGAGGUGUCAAAUAAUGGUCCCUGUUUGGGUGUUAGAAAACCAAAUCAGCCAUAUGAAUGGAUCUCUUACAAAGAGGUAUCAGAGAGAGCAGAGUAUGUGGGUUCAGCACUACUCCACAGAGGCUACAAGCCAACCCCGGACCAGUACAUAGGAAUCUUUGCACAAAAUAGACCUGAGUGGGUUAUCAUUGAACAGGGAUGCUACACAUACUCCAUGGUGGCAGUGCCACUCUAUGAUACGCUGGGAGCUGCUGCAAUCAGUUAUAUUUUGAACAAAGCUGAUAUAGCACUGGUUUUCUGUGACCAAUCUGACAAGGCCAAGCUUCUAUUGGAUAAUGUGGAAAGGGGAGAAAAUCCAUCCCUCAAGACUAUUAUUAUCAUGGAAUCCUUUGACAGUGGUCUCAUAGAAUGUGGGAAGAAAUGUGGGGUGGAAGUACUCAGCAUGAGAGAACUGGAGGAGGUGGGAAGAGAGCACAGACGCAAGCCUGUGCCUCCAAAUCCAGAAGAUCUAGCAGUUAUCUGUUUCACCAGUGGAACUACAGGAAACCCUAAAGGAGCUAUGAUCACUCAUCAAAAUAUAGUGAGCAAUGCUUCAGCUUUUGUGAAAGCUACAGAGAAAUCAAUCGCUGUCAGUACAGAAGAUGUUCUGAUCUCAUUCUUGCCCCUCGCCCACAUGUUUGAAAGAGUUGUGGAGUGUGUGAUUCUCUGCCAUGGAGCUCGGAUAGGAUUCUUCCAGGGAGAUAUCAGACUACUUAUGGAUGACUUAAAAACACUGCAACCAACUGUAUUUCCUGUAGUACCAAGAUUGUUAAACAGGAUGUUUGACAAAAUCUUUGGACAAGCCAAUACUUCACUGAAAAGAUGGAUCCUGGACUUUGCUUCCAAGAGGAAAGAAGCAGAGCUUAAAAGUGGCAUAAUUAGAAAGAAUAGUCUGUGGGAUAAACUGAUCUUCCACAAAAUACAGGCAAGUCUGGGAGGAAGAGUAAGACUAAUGAUCACUGGAGCAGCUCCUGUGUCUGCAACUGUGUUGACCUUCCUAAGAGCAGCUCUUGGUUGUCAGUUCUACGAAGGCUAUGGACAAACUGAAUGCACAGCUGGCUGCUCCCUGACAAUGGCUGGUGACUGGACAGCUGGUCAUGUUGGAGCACCAAUGCCUUGCAGUCUCUUAAAGCUUGUUGAUGUAGAAGAAAUGCAUUACUUUGCUGUCAAAGGAGAGGGUGAGGUAUGUGUGAAAGGGUCAAAUGUAUUUCAAGGCUACCUGAAGGAUCCAGCGAAAACUGCUGAAGUUCUAGAUAGAGAUGGUUGGCUCCACACAGGUGAUAUUGGAAAAUGGCUACCAAAUGGUACCUUAAAGAUCGUCGACCGGAAAAAGCACAUAUUCAAACUCGCACAGGGAGAGUACAUAGCACCAGAGAAAAUAGAAAAUGUUUAUAUGAGAAGUGAACCUGUUGCUCAGGUGUUUGUGUAUGGAGAAAGCUUGCAGGCCUUCUUAAUAGCUGUUGUAGUACCAGAUGCAGAGACUUUGUCUAACUGGGCCAAGAAAAAGGGAUUUGAAGGUUCAUAUGAAGAACUGUGUAAAAACAAGGACAUCAGAAAGCAUAUUCUGGAAGACAUGUUGAAGGUUGGAAAAGAAUCUGGUUUGAAAUCAUUUGAGCAGGUCAAAGGCAUUGCCCUGAGCCCAGAGAUGUUUUCUAUUGAAAAUGGCUUAUUGACACCAACAUUGAAGGCAAAAAGACGAGAACUACAAAAAUACUUCCAGUCACAGAUAGAUGAACUCUAUACUAACAUCAGGCUGUAACUGAGGGGAAAAAUUAUUUGAAGAGAAUGGCAAACAUCCGGCAUCUAUGGUUGGCCUUCAUAUUGGUAAUCUGACUGCAGCAAACAUAGGGAAGGAAACUGCAAACACUAACUUGUACACAAAUGGGUACUUACCAUAGGAAUAUUGAAGAAAAUGGAACAUUGCCUUACUGUCCAGUUGUGUUGCAGACCAUUUUUAUGGUUACCUACAAUUUCCAAAAUUAGCCUUAAACUGUAAAUGUAACUAUGAUUAAGUUAUUUAAGACUUCCUCAGCCAAAAAUGUGACCUUUUUUGUUAACCAGGGAAUUAAGGUUUUCUUGUUGCCGGCAUGUUCCUGUCUGGAAUGGACAGCUGCAAGGUAUCCAGCAAAGGAUUUAGCAUAUUGGAGAGGCUGUAUUGUACUGCGGGCGAAACAGUUAUUCAUUACAUAAAAUGUUAUAGCUGGUAACAUUACUUCUUGCAUUAGCUCUAAAAUUGGGUCAGACCAUGCUGCUCUGAAGAGAACACCCUUCAGUGCUCCAUUUUGAAGAGAACUCCAGACGCUUACUCUUGGGUAAACUAGGUGUUGAAUACCAAUCAAAAGAGAAUACUCCUGUGCAAGAGGUGAAUGAUGCAAUAUUGGCUCUUUAAAUUAGUCUAAUUCUUCUGCAUUAGUAAGCUGGAUGCAACUAAUUUGACAUAGCAAAAACUAUUUAACACAAGCAUCAGACCUAGUGGUGUAACUGGAACCUUGGAACAAGACUGAAGUUUAAAGAAGGAAGCCACUCAAGAGGUUGGCUUCUGUUAAUGGCCAGGUAAACAUACACCUUGCAUUAGCCAAGUGACUCCUGUAAUAGGCCCCUACUGUACUCAAUUUUCUUUGUUUUGUUAACCUGCCAGGUGCUCUAAACAUGGAAUAUCUUCUGUCAUACUCCCUCAGCUGUCUGAUUUUAAUGUGUGAGCAAUUGAGUCCCUUGACUGAAAUGCGUGGCAACAGAAAGCAGGAUUUUUUUUUAUUUUUAUAUAUAUUUUUGUCUCAAGCACCAAUUAUAGCAAUUGGAAGUACUCAGAUAAGCUAGCAGAGGAGAGAACUAGACUUUUCUCCGAACAACAAAUUCCCACACAUAGUAUAAAAAUACAUAGAUCUUAGUACAGUGUUCAUUUGGAAAAUUGGCAAAUUAAGCCUUGUUACAGAUAAGCAUUUACUAGUAGCAUUCAUUACUGUUUUUGGAAACAUGGAUGUAUGUAAAAGACAAGCACAAGGUUUGCACUAAGAUGUGUGAUUAAUGCACUAGUUAGUAUAAUGUCAUAAUGUGUAUUCUUAAUUGCACACAUCCAAAUCAGUACUCUUAAAAUAUCAAGUAACUUGUUACAUGGGAGUUCAAAUGUUUGCUUAGUGUUGGCUAUUUUUAUGUUUUAUAAACCAAAAUAAUUUCCAAAACCAAUGAAGGAAACCAAAAUAAAUAUUUCUGCAUUUCA